GAGUUUGAGUUGCUCAUGAGCUACUCGAGUCGAUUAACAUCCUAUUUAUGUGUAUAUCAUAGCAGUACUUUUCUAAGUUUUACGAAGAAACCAUUUGAAACUUGUCUCUCUCUCUCUCUCUCUCUCUAUAUCUCUCCCCGAGUCGCACCACUGAUUUGGCCAAAUUCCAACAUCCCAACUAAGUUGCAGACUAGAAGAGGGACGCAUUUUCAACCAGUUGCGGAAGAAAUGAGUGCUGGUGGGGCGUUUGGUGGGACAAGAGGUGCCAGACCAGUGCCGCCAGAAAAAGGAGUAUUUCCUCUGGAUCAUAUGCAUGAAUGCGACUUGGAGAAAAAGGAGUAUCUUACUUGUCUAAAAACCGCUGGCCAUAAUUCAGGGAAAUGUAAAGAAUUUUCAAAGAAAUAUCUGCAGUGCCGAAUGGAAAAGAAUUUAAUGGCAAAGCAAGACAUGUCUGAGCUUGGGUUUCGCAAGGAUAAUGAAGCAGAAGUUUCUGAAGGAAAGGAGAGCAACAAAUAGAAAAAUUUCGAAACUCACCGUUGCUGGUUUAGGGGAUGCAGAUUGGCAGCCAACUGAUGAAGAAACCAGUCCUUGGAAGUUCAGGGUUUACUGUGAUUAAGUACUGGUGUAUUCUUUGCUAUAUUACAUAGCCAUUAAUGAACCCAGUCUGAGAAUUUUUGAUUAGGUAGAAGUUACUGCAACUUUUGGUUCAGUAUACCAAAACAAUGGAUGUUAUUUCUACUGGUAGGGAUACAUUCGAUGCUACUAAAAUAAAACUCAGAAAGCCAUUGAACUCUCUUUUUUAUUA